AUGGACACUUCCUCGCGUCCAAGGAAAAGGCUCACAAGCGCGUUGCACCAACGCGCUGCAGCGUCUGAGCCAUCCCGGACAAGUGCCUUCGUCCACGGGUUUGCAACAGCUCCUAGUGCGAUGGACAUCCGCGCUUUUGGCCUUGAAGACCGGGCAGAGGCUGUAAUUGCCAGAGACAGGGACACCUGGACGCUCGCGAACCUGUCCAAAUGGCGUCACGGCACUCUCGAUCAGACUGACAACAAUACGUGGCACACUCAAUGGAAGGCCCAAACCGAUACGAAUCUCAGCACUAAGGCGUACGUGCGGCAACGACAACGAGCGUACCGUCACCAGUGUCUCUUGUCCAGCAAGAUCAAGCCCACAGAAGCACAACCAACGUGA